GGGCUCUAUUGUUUUACAGGGUAUAUAAGGAGUCUGAGGCCAGUCGUGUGCCAAACUCACGGCUCGCACGAGCUGAUAGCAGCCGAGAUCACUUCAAAGACAAGAGCAGUCGCGUGUCCCCACCCCCAUCCCCCUUUUCUUGGGAGCCUCCAAGAGCUGAAGUUGGUCCUGACUUCGCUAACACUUGGAAACUUUCUCCCCCUCCCCUGGAUUGCAUCUCUGAGCCUUUGCACGAUGCCCUCUGCCCCGGAGACCCGCUACUCCGCCGCGGAGAACAGCGGCGACGUGUCCUCCUGUCUGGACAGCAGCCUGCGAGCCCGCGCCGAGCCCUCCCCGGGGCCGAGCCCGGAGGAGGAGCCGGGGCGCAAGCGGCGCCGGGGCCGCUGCCGGGCGCGGAACGAGGCGGCCCUGCACACGCUGCGGAAGAGCCGGCGGGUGAAGGCGAACGACCGGGAGCGGAACCGCAUGCACAACCUCAACGCGGCGCUGGACGAGCUGCGCGGCGUCCUGCCCACCUUCCCCGAGGACACCAAGCUGACCAAGAUCGAGACGCUGCGCUUCGCCUACAACUACAUCUGGGCCCUCUCCGAAACCCUGCGCCUGGCCGACCAGCGCCUCCACAAAGCCCCGCCGCCGCCGCGGGACCUGCUGCUGCGGCCGGGCUACCUGAGCCCCGCCGCCCCGCCUAGCCCCGGCAGCGAUGCGGGCUCCUGGCUCUCCACCGCCUCCUCCCUGUCCGCCUGCACGUCCAACCCCAGCAGCCCGGCCACCUCCGAGGACUAUGGCUACGGCCCCCCCGAACCCCUCUUCGCCUGCCACGGCCUCCCCGGGGAGCUGCUGCGGAGCGGCCCGUGCUGCGCCCGGUACCCCCCGGCGGACGCCGCCGUGUGAGCCAGCCCAUGUGCGGGCCUGCACCGCCCCCUAGGGUUUCACUUUCGGUUCAGCUGGGGUCGGGGCAGGGCCGGGGUUGGGGUGUGAUGAUGGGCGAUGCAGGCAGAGAGCCAGGUCCCUCUGCAGCCAGCGGGCUAUUGUCCGGGCAGGGCAGAGCGUGAGCUGCUCUUCCUUCCCAAGCCGCCCCCUGGCUCCAAAGGCAGCAGGAGCCAGCUCACAUUGGGGUGGGGUUGGGGGGUGGGUUUUCUCCCUCCCCCCCCUUCCUUUGCACUUUUCUGAACUCCACAGACCCUCCUUUGUUGCUUCCCUUCCCACUGACCGGCGCCCCCGCUUCAAUAUGAUUUAGAAAGGAGAAGAAAAGGGACAGAUUUGCUGCUGCAGACGAGGUGAAAAGUCAAUUUUACAAUUUGUAGAACUCUAAUGAAGAAAAAUGAGCAUGAAAAUUUGGUUUGAACGCCCUGACAAUACAAUGAAAAGGCUUAAGGAGCUGAUCCUGCCGGGUGCACAGCACCCCCUGCCGGGCGCUCAGCGCACACAACUGGCUUUGACUCCAAUAACAUCGGAGAGGGCUCAGCCUCGCCCCCAAGGCGUGCUUAGCUUAGCAUCUGGCAGGAUCAGCCCCUAAAGAGGCAAGACAAGGCGCUAGAUUCAUGCAUUAUGGAUCUUGACCUCCAGCACUGCCGUCUCGCUUUAAGAGUAGGACUAAACACGGAGUAUUCAGCAACUGGGCCUGGUAUUCGUUUAAUUUAUUCAAGAUGUUUCAUUCAUAUGAAAAUUGUAUUUUUGUACAUAAAGAGCUUUAUUCUAUUAUGUCUGUGUUAUCGGUUUUCACAAAGACAUUUGUACUUGGUGUAAAUAAAAAUUUUAACGUUUAUACUUAA